GAGUGCGUGUGAGUGCGGCUCCCACAUGCGUUCAGUGUGUCCUGUUUGGUAGUUCAAUGUUGUGCAUCCGCUGAAGUGUGUCCCGACACCUUCAUGACCUAUCGAGUGUUUUUGUGUACGUGAGUCCGAGUGCCUCGCGCGAGGAAGCGAUAGAUAAGCUCGCAUUAUAAAGUGCAAACCAAGAAUCUUGCGUGGGCUCUUCGGCAAUAAUCGGGCAGUUCUGAAGUUGAAAAUCGAACCUUUGAAUUCGCCACAAGUUACAUGUGCCACGAAACCCAGCUCACGAAUCCGUACGCGAGCAAAAGUUACUAAAAAUAAUCUUCCCCGAAUCGCCAUUUCUGACAAUUGCUGCCCAUCUAUUGUAGAGGAUUAGGAAGCAGAUCAGAACAUACCUAUACAUCAACGAACGAAGCGUAAAAGAUCAUCAGUUGCGAAGCAAACUUACACAUCCAGCAUCCGACGAUUGAAGAUCGACCGACCCGGUGCAAAUGUGGAUAACAUUCAACGCGACCUGACUAACGUUUGCUGUUUCAGUGUGCCAUAACACCUCAAAAUUGCAGAAGAGGGUGCAUUAGUUGAUGCACUUUUAAAUACGUCGUGAUUUUGUGAAAUUUUCAUUACCUAGUUUCGACUGUUCUAAAGCAAGAGCUUUUCGUUUGUUUUUGCUGUACUGAACGCAUAUACUAUCAGCCAUGACCAGCAUACUGACCGCGCCGGGCAAGUACCGUUCGCGGAAGGACUACAGCACCGGCUCCAUUCCGACGUUAGUAUCACUGGACGAAGAAUCUAGUCUCUCGACAACGACAACGACCUCGGUGUGCAGCGAUAGCGUGUUACUGCACAGCCUACGGACAACCGGCAGUUCUGGCAGUACCACCACCAAUGGCAGCACCGGCAGCAGUAGUAACAGCAGCAACAGCACCAUGAACAUCAAAAAUGGACUCGCCGCAAAGCCCCCGAGGCGUAGCUCGCUAGGUUUGGCCCUGCUCGGCGGUGGAUCGCGCAGUUCCAAUGGUGCAGAAAAAAGCAACAAGCGACGCAGCUCGAUCGCGGUCGUCUUUCUUGGCGGUGGUCGCAAAGACUCCAAAUCGUCCUCCAUGUCGGCGUCCGGCGCCGGUAACGGCCACCACAAUCACAACGGUCACUCGAUCAGUACGAUACCGGAGAAAUACAUCAAGACGGGUGAAUCAGAUAUCGAAAACGAUUCACCCAACACGGACACGUUCGUGAUGGUGGGUGAAGCUGGUUCGAAUGGUGCUCACCAUCAGCAGCAGGACUCCUACGGUGCCGCUGGCAGUGCGCUAGGAUACGACAAGAAGCGCCGGCGCUCAUCCUCCUGGCAGACCAAACUCGAACGGCGCCGCCGCAAGGGCAUGAUGGCGUCACUCGAUGGCAGUGACACCAUGCAGCAGGACUCGGCCAGCUUUAGCAGCUUUGGAUCGGUGCACGGUCUCGAUUCGUCACCGUACGGUCCGGCGGGCAAAUAUGGACGGGAAAAGCGUCACUCUUGGUGGAACAUCUUCGUGCCGGAUAAUCUUAAACAAAGGACACGUAGGGCUAGUCAGGAUGUGAUACUGUCCAAAAGCUCCGACACUCUCAGUAGCCCACCAUAUCGAAGGAGCAAAUCCAGGAGUGUCGAUCAUGGACUGGCCGCCCCGUUCGAUCUAGACUCGCUGCGCUCGAAAGUUGAAGGCAGAUUUGAAAGCAUCGAUCGACUAUCAAAAGAUGGCGAAAAGAAGCGUUCGAUGCCCACAAUACCCACAAUUACGUACACAGUAAAGGACCGGGACACACUAACCUCCGUGGCUGCCCGUUUCGAUACGACACCGUCAGAAUUGACCCAACUCAACCGUUUGGCCAGUUCGUUUAUCUACUCCGGUCAGCAGUUGCUCGUGCCGGACAAAAAUGCCAAAGCGAGCGCCGAUGGUGAAUCCGACACUAGCACGGAACGUUCCUCCAACAGUCCCACCGAUGGCCGCCGUAAGGGUUCGCAGGAAGAUCUGUCUCAGGACGAAAAGGAUUUGCUGGAAGGACUUCGCCCGGGGUCACCCAAACCCGGUCACAUCGAGCGUGUUGCAUCACCGAACACACAGAGUGGCGGUGGCGCUGGUGGUGGUGGAGGAGGAGGUGGUACGGCCGGAAAUACAGCCGGUGGCGAUGAAGAUGAUCCUGUGACUAUUCAGCGUUUCUUGAAGAUCAACGUGCGGCACAUCACCGAUGGUCAGGGAGUAGUAGGUGGGGUACUGCUCGUCACCCCCAACGCCGUCAUGUUUGAUCCGAAUGUGUCGGAUCCACUAGUCAUCGAGCACGGCCCGGAAAGCUACGGUGUCAUUGCACCGAUGGAGUUUAUCGUGAAUGCGGCCAUAUUCAACGACAUUGCACACAUGCGCGUGCAGGGUGCGGCCGGCGGUAAUGAAACAGCCGAGAAGGCUGAAAUUUAUCACCCUGUGCCGGUGGAGAAACCAUGUUCGCGCUGUGACACUCAUUCGCCCGGCAAAGACUCACUGCUCGUUAAGGACGAAACGUUCCCGGAGCUGGGUGUUGGAUCGGUGGAGGGAUGUGACGAUCAGGAAUCGAUCUGCUCUAGUAACGAGCGGGACGGUGACGCUUUUCCGAAGGCGUUCGAGCGCGAUCUCGUGACACCGAACAACCUGCAGCGUUUGCAUGGCGAUUCAACCGAAAGUGGCGGUAGCUCUGUGGAACCGAAACCGCCAUCUACAGAGCCACCCAUGUUCCUGUCGUACGAUCGUGACUCGUCCCAGUCUCACACGCCCAAUUCCCUCGACCACAGUACCGGUGCUGCAAAUGAGCAACAGCAGAAGCAGGCAGGCGAAAAGACUGACCAAAACAAGACCAACAAUAUCUUAGAGGAUCCCACCAUGCGCUCCCUGGAGGAGCGACGGAGAAGUCUACUGGACCAGCACUGGGCAAUCCCCAGCAAGGACAGAUUAAAAUGUUAUUGCGAUCAAUCAUCAUCUCGAAGAUCUCUGGACGACGAAGAGGCUGCCAGUACAGGAAGCGGCACAACGGCAGCAUCUUCCUCGACUGCCGGUACUAGCUCCAUCGGUGGCAUGGGAAGCGCAGGUGGACACCACGUAGCAAUUCCACCAAUUGCUGAAGCUGCUGGCGGUGACGGUCAGCUAGUGAAGCAAUCGUGUCAUGAUUCGGGCAUCGACAUCCGUGACCCUGCCCACGGUUCAUCGCUGACGACGGGCGGUGGAACCACAGGGGGUAGUGGUAGCAGUGCGGCUAGCUCAGUCGCUAGCAUACCAAUAGUGGCACCAAUUGCAACGAAGAAGGUGUACAGCGAUGCGGACAUCGUACUGAGCGCGGACUGGGUUCCACCACUGACCAUUGCACCGACACAUUUGCACGACACUUCACCACGAAGCAGUAGCUCGCUAGUGUCCUCCUCACACCAGAGCACCUUAUCAACGUUGACAUCUGAUGCAGGCGGACGAAAGAAAACGUCCAGCGUGAGCUUCAGCGUAGACGAACACGAUCCUCACGGUGCCACCGUUCCGGCCGGUUCCGGAUCACUUGACAAAGGUGGCGAAACGAAAAAGAAUAAGAUGCUGAAGCGACUGUCCUACCCACUGGCUUGGGUUGAAGGAUUGACGGGUGAAGGAGGCAACAGCAGUCACAAAUCGGAUUCGAUUGAAUCAGCCCCGAACACUGGUGACUCUAACCAGAGUGUCUUUUCAAAAGUAUUUUCCAGCUCACCCAUCACAUUGGUUUCGGAGCUGGGUGGAAAUUUGUUUUUGUCCAAAACGCCAUCGGAAGACUCCGGAGGCUCACCUGUUCCACCACUGACACCGCACGAAGCGCAAGCAGGGGGGCCGGUUGCGGCCGGACGAUCAUCCAUCGGUACAUUCAUUCGCCAACAUCCCUCUGAAGGUAGUGCGAAUAAGCAGAAGCCGGCACCACCAAAACUGGACUACCGUUCGAUGGUGUCCAUCGACGACAUGCCAACACUGUUUGUUAGCUUUGACAUGAAGGCCCCAUUGUUUCCUCAGCUUGAGAAACUUGAACUUAUUCCACGACCGGCCCGUGCCUGCCCGGACCCACCGAUGUACCUUCGGUUGCGCAUGGGACGCAAGAUCGGCAAGAACACUCCUCUUCCGACCACGGUAAUGUCCUACGGCAAAAACAAGCUACGUCCGGAGUAUUGGUUUAGCAUUCCAAAAAAUAAGGUCGAUGAGUUGUAUCGCUUCUUGAAUGCUUGGGUGCAACAUCUGUAUGGCGAGCUGGAUGAGGCAGCCAUUAAAGAACGUGGUUUCGAACUCAUCCAGAUGGAUACUGAAUGGGCAGCAAAAACUGGCAGCCCGUCGAAGGACGGUCGUUCCGCCAGUGAAGGCGAAAUCUCCGAGUACACACGCGAGUCAUGGGAGCUGCUAAAGGCUCCGUUCGUAAAAACCUACAACAUAAUCAAAAGUCAAACUGGAUCUAACGAUUUGGACGGUUGUGAGGUUCUGUCUAUGAGCACAGAUGACUACAGAAAAGCGACCCUGUUUGCGUCUGGUUCGUUCGAUCAGGACUUCCAGAUUCCGGACCUCAUUGGCCAAACGGAGAUCCUAAGCGAGGAGCACAGGGAAAAGCUUUGUGCUCAUCUGCCGGCACGCGCUGAAGGAUACUCCUGGUCGCUCGUGUUUAGCACCUCACAGCACGGUUUUUCGCUGAACUCUCUCUACCGAAAGAUGCACAAGCUAGAGAGCCCCAUACUGAUCGUGAUAGAAGAUACGGACCACAAUGUGUUCGGUGCGCUAACAUCCUGCUCACUGCAUGUGUCCGACCAUUUCUACGGCACAGGCGAAUCGCUGCUGUACAAAUUUAAUCCACACUUCAAAGUGUUCCAUUGGAGCGGCGAGAAUCUGUAUUUCAUCAAGGGCAACCCGGAAAGCUUGGCGAUCGGUGCCGGAGAUGGAAAAUUUGGCCUUUGGCUGGACGGGGACCUAAACCAGGGUCGAUCGCAGCACUGCAGUACAUACUCGAACGAACCGCUGGCACCGCAAGAAGAUUUCGUCAUCAAAACGCUCGAAUGUUGGGCCUUUGUUUAAACUUUUUCCUCCCUAGCCCUUCCAGGAUGUGCUGCGGAUGAAAAAGAACGGACUGUGGUAUGAACUUGUUUCCCGACCACCAGCCCAGUGCUGUCACCAUUUCACACGUGACGAUUUACAAAGCGUGUGUGCGGCUUGUCUUCAAUAUUGCCCCGUUUGAAGAAACCUCACCGCUGCAGUAUAAAUCGGGACGGUCGAAUCGACUGUUCGCUUUUCUAUUUCAUCCAAAACAAGGGAAUGGUGCAAUCGGCGGCACAGUCUGAUUACCCACAGGCGACGCCAAAACGAGGGAUUGGCACUUGCCGCACACCUUAGCUUGACCGUGUUGUCAGAGUAGCGGCGCAUAGCUGUGUGUAGACAAAAUCACAAAGGGUCGCUUUUGCGCAAACAUGUGUAGCAUAAAUUAGCCGCCGGGUGCCGUGCCGAUGGUAGCAAAUGCAAAAAUUCAAAUUAAACUAGUGAUACAUAAGCGAGCAGAGCAAAACGGACGUUUAUCUGUAGAAUAUGAGACUAAACGAGGCGAACACACGCGUAUCCCACAAUCCUCUCCCUUUUUCCCUCCUUUCCUUUUGGCCUGUUCACAAGUAAAUGUUGUUAUAAUGUAGCGAGCAUGGAGCAUAUAAUUAGUAAAAGCGAUAGAAAUGAGACUACUAUAGGAAAAUCGAGGCGAAGUAUAUACAUAUAUUUAACAAACAAAAAAAAAGCAUAAAGAAAAUUGUAAUCAAGAGUAUCAAAUAUGUGCGGCGCGCGUGAUGUAUUCAAACGUGGUAGGCAAAAGCAACAAGAGCUGCAACACACAAACACGCAUUAACUAUAAAAUUAUCACACGACCAUAAUAGUUGAAUUAUAGACAUUUUUUCAUCCUCUUCGUCACUGCUGACGGUAAACAAAAUGAUCACCGGAGCGAAAUGCAUGUGCGCGCGCAAUUGUGUUACGUUGCAGAAACAUGUGGCCGCGGCAGGCUUGCUUUUAGUAGGCAUUUCCGUUUGAUGAUAGUGUGCUUUUGUAGAGAGAGAAAACUGCAUGGUAAAAUCUAAAGGAUCCGGAUGAGAUUACAUUCUCAAGUGCAUUCUUCGGAAUCCAUAAUACGCAUCGCGAAACACACAGUAUCAUCAUCACCCGUUAAUGACGGUGCAUUACCGCACCCACGUUAGUCGAAAUUUAAAAUCAUUCAACGGUCAUUUGUAUUAGAUGGUGCUUAAUAGAAUAUGGAACAAAAGACGGCUGCUGACACUGUGAGGGCGUCUAAUGAAAUGCCCCAAUGUGUUUGUGUGCUUGAAUUGCUGUGUGUUUCUUCCAUUCUGCCGGUACAUUUUCUACCGAGGAGAACGCAGAAACAGUGGCAGACAUACUGUGCACGCAGUGAAAUGCGUGACACGGCGACAGAACGAUGUAAUCAACUAACGCUUAAAACAAAUGUAAAAUCCUCAAUCGCAAAAUCUAACUCUUGCUGCAUCAUAUGCGCAACUACCCGUCCGUCAGCAACGGAUGGGUGGUUGGUAAAGACAAAAGGAUGAGUAAAAUUUGAACAUAAUUGAGCUAAGGACGACUGGAUCAUCCUUACGUGUCUCUCCUCUCGCCGAGAUGGAAAAAGUACAACAGACAAGAGGACAUACAAAUUGUUUGCAUUAUCCUGUUGGUAAAGUUCUGAUAUUAUUGACAGGAACUACACCGGGAGGUGCUACACGACAGCAGACAGCCAGCCUCUCUAUUGUUGAACCUUAAAUAAACACGCAAUGCGCGAACACUAUCGACUAUAAACAAACAAAAGCUAAUACGGAAAGGAACCACAUUGAGACAAGCACAGCACAUCUGGGAUAUAUUUUUUUAAUUUAUAUAAACACUUUAUUUGCAUCCGUUAAUUUCAUCGUCAACUCUCCUUUUCACUUUAGUUUUCAGACACGGAAAGUGAACAAGCGAAACAAACGUUCUUAUUUGAGGAAUUCGCGCAAAUUGCGCAUAAUCUGGCACUAAAAGGAAAAAAAUGGGAGUAACUAUUUACGAAGCAAGGAAGAAAAACGAAAUGAAACGCGAAAACGAAUAACAAAAGUGAAUGAAAAACAAAGGAAAAACACUGUAAGUCCUUUGCGAAUUCCGGGUUGGUACAGUUUUUCGUACGAUGAGACUGUUUAUGUUCUGUAUUGUUUAUAUUAUUUACUGCUUUGUUAUUUAUUAUUUUACUGCGGCCCGGUGCAGUGUCUGAAGCUUGCAGCUUUUCCCGCCGUGUGGCAAUCGAAAACGAAGGGAGUUGACAAUAUUUAAUGUUUUUCUUUUUUUUUGUUUCUACAUUUCGACUAAACACACGUAGAGUACAAAAAAAAACGCCAAAAGAGUCCGAUCAGUACAUGCGCUUGCAUGAUUGAAGUUAACUACUUCGCGUACUUAUUGUCGAAAAAAAAAGUCGCAUCAUCCCUUGGUCAAAGCUACGAUGCAGAAAUUCAACAAAUCCUGCGGCUAACGUCGUUUUUCAAGGUUCAUUAGCACACACACAACACAACCACACGUACGUGUAUGUUUGUUGUUGGGGAUCGUAAAUCUUUCCCUUAUCAGCAUUAUUGCGAAGAGAUCGUUGUAAAUAGCGUUAUUCAUUCAGAUGUGCUGCAUCGGCAUUCCCUUUUAUUCGACACUUUGUGAUAUAUAACUUUUCUUUCGUUUUGCAUUACACACUGAAUAUAUUAUGCAUCGUUCGUUAGCAAAUGUUUGUUUUUCGUCUUGUUGUUGGUGUUUUUUUUUGUUUUCCUCAAUGAAUGAGCUCUUAUUUAUUUUAAACACAUUUGCUGUAUUCUUUGCGUGCAGAAUCCAUAGCAAAAGUGGUUGGACUAUUUUUGAGUAUCCUUUUCUUUUUACAAACCUCCAUCACCAACUCCCGUUUUAUAUACUUUGUGCGUAUUAUUGUUACGUUUAGUGUAGCCGGUUACUCGAGUCAUACAGUGUUAAUAUUUUAACAAUUUAUAAUUAAGACAGUAAACACCCAGGAGUCUAUAUAACGCGCAUAUGUGACACAAACGAAUAAAUUCAUUUAUUAUAAAUUAUUUUUUCUGUUUUGUUUUUUUUCCUCUUUUUUGUUGUGGACGUUUAAAAGGUUAAACGAUAUUCAGUCAGAUAGCGCCUAUGUUUCAAGCACAGUAAAGAGACCUUUUUUAAAUGAAUAAGAGCUGGUACAAACAUUUCAGCUUACGUGCUCCUGCGUAAUGUCUCUGUCCAACUUUUCGAUACUUCCAAAGGAAUGAAGUAUAACAUUCCAGAAUUGUGUAUGAAAUGGGACAAGAAGAAUCUUUCCCUCAUAACGGUUGACAGCGUGGUAUACACCAACAUGCUGCGUAAAGAAAAUUGUUUGUUGAUGAAACCUGUUUGGUACUGGUUAAAUGUCGUAAAGCGAUCGCAUAUACUACUCUUGAUAAUAUACAAAAUAGAUACAGCAUGUUAGUUUUGUAUGUUUGUUACAAUAUCCAGCAGCGAGAGAAAAGUGUGCCGCGAGUGGAAAGAAAUGGGUUUUUAUAUGAGCUGCAACAAUAAAAGUAUGUCAAAAGUAAUAACUCAAUACACUAAACAAAAAUGAAUCGACAUGAAAUUACUGGCCUCAAACCCCUAAUGGAAGCAGCCGAAAGAUUUGUUUUUCUACCAUCUACGAACUAAAUCGUAAAGACACAUCUGCUCUAUAUUCAACAUGCAUGGGUUUAUGUUACUUUUUUAAUCGUUUCUUUGUGUUGUUCGUUUGUUUAGCUUCUUUUUAUAUUAGCUCGUGUAAUGCAAAAUUUAAACCCUUGCCCAUGGAAAAGGUAUUUAUGAUUUUUUGUUUUUUUUCCACACUUUUCUAUAUUUUCUAAUCUCUUAUUUUUUACACUUUAUUGCAGCCCAACACAACCAUCAACAUAAAUAGUGCAUACAAACUACACAGAAAACACUCGUUAUCUUUGGAUUCCUUACACACACACACACACCACAACAACAAAAAUACCCACACCUGAGCGCUUUACGAAAGAGCAUCUCUUCAUUUGUACGGUGAGGAAUUAGAUAAGAGUGCUAUCGAUAUAUUGUUAAAUGGUAGGUGUAAAUCUCUAGACACAGCCCUGUCUAUCCUUCUACUGUCGUUCUAAUCCCAACGUUAAAUUUAAUAAUAAGCUAAUGGGGCUGAGACCCGCAUCGCAGAGCGGACACGAUAAUAAUCCCUAAUUGAUCUCCUAGUGAAGGUGUGUAGUGUUUAAUAGCCGAGUCGCCCGAAAUACGUCAACGCUAUCCCCGGGAGCAAACGAUACAUAAAGAUAUUAUUGAACAAAACAAAAAAAAAACUAUAAAUAAUUCGAAAAGAUAUACCCACACCAUACACAAAAUCAUACUGUAGCAGGAUCGAUAUAAACAUGCUCUCGUUAAUUGAAGUUUUUGAGCAAUUUUAGAUACAUUUAUCGUACCUCAUUUCUGGGCGUAAAAACGCUAACCGAGAUAAAGCAAAAUGCAGAGGAUGCGUUCUAGCGAACGGGAACGAUCAAGGACGUGGAUCAAUUAAAACAGAUAGAAAGUGACCGACACCGGAACCAACAAUAAUCUCAGAAACAGGAAAUGCGCCUGACGCUUUAAACUUAUGAUACAUGAUCUUCAUACAUCGGAAAACGUUUGUGGGCCGCGUGCAUUACUAAGCGUGCUACUUGGCAAAACGAUGUGUGCGAUUGGUUGAUCAAAACCACCCGCAGAACAGCUAAUAGAAGCGUAAGCGUUAUUUGGAAUGCUUUUAUAAUAUUUUAGGGCCGAAUUCCGCACCAAGAUCAAACUCGAAUCAAAAUUGCAUAAAUCAGCAGUGAGUGGAAAAGGGAAACGACACAUUCGGCACAGAAAAGCUGGAUUGGUCUGAACGAAUUUACCGCUGAAACAGACGCGAUCAACCUGUUACAACAGGAAAAGGAACAAUUUGUUACUGAAAUAAGCAAAAGUCCGGAAAUGGAUAACCCCAAACUGCUACACACUGACAGCUUUAGUCGGAACACGGAACAUUUCUACAGGAGUCCAUUGAUCCUCGACCCGGAAGGUACCUUUUUGAAAACAAUCUCACAUUUUAGCACAACUAACGUACAGAGGCAGUGACACGCUCAUCAAAAGAAAGCAUCAACGUUUACAGAAACGAAACUAAACCGGGCAGCUGUGUCCCUUUUUUUCUACUAACACGCACUUCCCACGGAAGUGCUGUGUUCUUUUCUACAUUAAAAAAAAAACCUCUUACAAGUAUACCGAUCGGAAAUUCUCUAGCAAAAUCUAUUAAAGUGUACACGCAAGGAUGGCUUACGAAAGCAGAACGGUACGUGUUAGUGUGAAGGAGAGCUGUUGAAGGUAGCUCAAUUUAUGACCACCACCUCUAGACACACAAACACUAUUCGUUCGUUGAUAUCGUAUCAAUACUGGUAGCAUAAUGCGUUAGAAGCGAAACCACACACUCACACACAAAAUCGGUAAAAACGUAUUGCGAAUUAUAUUAUAGAAGAAUAUUAAUGAAGUGCUACUGAGAUAUAGCCUACUGAUACAUAUAUAUAUAUAUAUAUUUCAUAUGACAAAACUCAACAAAAAACAAACCCUAAAGUUAAUAUAAAACACCUAAAAGAAAGUGGUUAAAGUAUGUAUGAAAGCAAAGAAAGAACGAAGUAACAAAUAUUAGUAAAACGUGUUGUUAAAACAAAACGAACAAAACAACCAGAACAGUAAAACGGAGAGAGCAAAUCGAACAGAGUUAAAAAUAAGUGAAAAAAACGAUUAAUGCAAACCUAUUAAAAGAAAAACAAAACAAAAAACAAACUAACAUGAUAAAUACAUUCCCA